AUGGCCGACUUAAUUUCAUUCCAAACAUACUAUCCCAGUGCUUUACGUCGCCCGUCCUCAACCAUGAUUCCCCGCCACGCUCACAAGCGCUCGCUGUCCUCGGACCCCCGGGCUCUUUCUCCAGACCGAACGAUCACCAAAGCUCGAUCGACUACCAAUCUGGCCGACGUAGUCAAGCAGCCGCAGUCGAAUUAUGAAGAAACUAAUUUUAACACCUUAAAAGAUCCCCGAUUGAUGAUCCCAAUCGAGACUUCAUCAUCCAGAUCCUCAUCCCACCACCCAGACCUCAGCAAUGAAGUGGCUGCGCUGAGCGUCAAGCUCAUUCAAGCCAUCAACAACCAAACUACUCUCGAUGAUAACCUCGCAGCAACGAGGCAAGAAUUGGAGGUGGCUUUGAACAAGAUCAAGACUCUCGAAUCCGAGAAUGAGAAGUACCGCCGGGACCUGGCAGACCAGGUGUACGUCAAGAAAGCAGAUGCAGACAAGGAGCUCACUCGAAUGAGAAGUCUGCUCGCAGAGGAAACCGCUCAGCGCUUAACUGCGGAAAAGGCAAAGAAGUCCAUCGAACAGGAGCUGGAAACGUUAACAGCCGAUCUCUUCGAGGAAGCCAAUAAGAUGGUUGCUGCUGCUAAGAUUGAGCGAGAGGCGGUUGAGAAGAAAAAUGAGCAGUUGCGCUCACAGAUCAAGGAUACAGAGUCGCUUCUUGCCUCGCAUCAAGAUCAACUCGCCGAACUCAAGUCUGUUAUGCAAGGCAUGAAUCUCUCUCAAGAGGACAUCGACGCCCGCACGCACGUUUCCACGGGCCCUCCCUCGCCAGCUGUUCCGUCGCACUGGGUCACUGCUGCCACUCAAGACUCGAGUGCAGAGAAUGCCACAGCAUCUACCGCUCAUGCCGCGGAACUGAAACCAGGUCCCACAUGUAAUUUCCCUGACAGGAUCCGGCUCGUUUGUCGGACCGAUCAACAGGCAUUUGAAGAAUUCAAAGAAUUGCUCACACUUCCACGGAACUCAAAGCCACCCAGUCGUGCAGGAAGCGGGUCUUAUGCAGGAUUGAAUGUGAUGAGUCUGGCAAGUUUUGCAACUGGGGGAUCUACGUCGGCCACCUCCUCGCCCACCAAAGGGUUGCCGCAGUCACCGAAUGGGAGCCUGUCGUCGCAAAACGGUCCGCAUGUUCCUUUGAAGGACACUCGCUUUUACAAGCGAGUGGUUGUUGAGGACAUUGAACCGACAUUGCGACUGGACCUUGCUCCGGGAAUCUCAUGGCUUACCCGCCGGACUGUCUUAACCGGCAUCUGUGAGGGUACCCUCAUCGUGGAGCCUAUUCCACCAGCGGCAAAGAAGUUUGAUUUCCCUUGCUCGACCUGUGGCGAACGCAGACAGGGCCCGGAAGCAGAGCGUACUCAUCGUUUCCGGACCUCGGAUAGCGAAUCUGCUCAGCGUUACUCUCUUUGCGGUGCCUGCCUCGAGAGGAUUCGAUCGUGCUGCGAGUUCACCGGCUAUCUGCGCCUCAUCCUCGAUGGACACCUACGAGCAGGUGACGUUGAAGAGGAAAAAGAGAUCUGGGAGGAAACUGUCCGAUUGCGGGAGCGCAUGUUCUGGUCUCGCAUCGCAGGCGGUGUGGUGCCAAUCUCUCAUGGGCCCGUCGAGUCUCAUUCUGGUUCGAAAUCCUCGAAUAGUCUCGAUGAUCAUUCCCGGGAGGGUGGCUUGGCUGCGCAGCCAGCGCACGACAGUCACUCCGAGUUCCAGAUUGUCGACGUCACUCCGAAACCAGAGGCCUUUACACAAGCGCACGGAGACUCCAGACCAGUGACGCCUGAACUUCCGCCAUUCGAUAGCGAGAAACACGCAGAGUCUCCAGAACAGCCGCCGCAACGGCGGGACUCUGUUAGCUCUGACCAUAGCGUAUACGAAGAAGCACCCGUCGAGCUCUCCGAAAUUUCUCAGGAUGCCCAGCCAGGAGAGACCUCAGUCGCUCCGGAGAAGUCCAUUGCUGGUGGAACCGACUCCGAUUUCAGUACAUCAGUCGUUCGUCCAAACACACCGUCUCAUGAACACGCAAACUCAGAAGUUAAGCCAUCUUUCUGUGAACCCGUCAUACACCCUCCGACUCCAUCUGCGGAUGACGAGGGCUCUGAUGCUCGGCCUCGCAUCAAAGAUGAGGCCUUGAAACUGGAUGCCCCCGUAUCUCAUUGA